AUGGGGCCUGCUGUGGCCUUUGGACACCACUCCCAACUUAGAUCAGAGAACGGGAAGACAGGAGACAGAAUGUCGUCUCUGAUGGAAUGCAGCAUUGAGACCAUCAUCAACAUUUUCCACCAGUACUCCACACGCCUGGGCCACCCGGACAGGCUGAACCAGAGAGAAUUCAAGCAGAUGGUGCAAAAGGAGCUGCCCCACUUCCUCAAGAAGGAAAAGAAGAAUGAAGCAGCCAUAAACGACAUCAUGGAGGACCUGGACACGAACGGGGACAAGGAUCUGAGCUUUGAGGAAUUCAUCAUCCUGGUGGCCAAGCUGACGAUCGCCUCCCACGAGGAGAUGCACAAGAACACCCCCAAAGGGGAAGGCCACAGCCACGGGCCAGGCUUCGGAACGAGUGGCCCCAACUCCUGCCAUACCCAGAGGGGUGGCGGCGGCGGCCACGGCCACGGCCACAGCCACGACGGCCAUGGCCAUAGCCACAACCACUAAUCAGGAGGC